CGAAGCCGAAGCCGAGACCUUCAAUCACCAACUUCACGCGGUCAACGGUCGAGCCGACGACGUGUUGAUGGGAUUUUCCAAUUCACUUCCCGAGGUUUCUCUUACGAAACAACGGCUCGAAUUUUCAACCUUGUAAUACGGGGAACAUAGUGGACUUUUCUUUGAUUGACUGAGUAGAGAGAAGAGUUGUGUUCCCAAGUAUGGAUUCAACACAAACACCGCCCCGGCUCUUAUUUCGAAAGAACGGGCGACCGCAGGCGUGUGAGCCGUGCCGAAAACGCAAAGUCGCCUGCGAUCAUGCACAACCAGUAUGCAACAGAUGCAGAAAGUCGAAGCGCUCCGGGGAUGUGUGCGAGUACAUUCUCAGCGACAGUCCGGCAGCAUCAAGAGAAACCCCAAGACAGACUCGGCCGCGGGAGCAACGGCGUGCUUCGAGGGCGCCGUCUGUUCCCCUAGCUUCAACCCUUCAGCCUACCCCAACAUCAUUCUCGCAACUAGGACCCGGGCCCGCUGUGGUAUCACAGACGGCAUCAACGGCUACAUCCACAACAUCGCCCGCAACAUCCACCACCCGGCACCGCCCCUCACUCCCCGCAAGUCUCCCCACCAGCCCGGACUCGGCCAGCACGGCAGCCACGCCCGCAGUCACGCCCGCAGUCCUCGGCAUCGGCUACCUCGGCUUCACCUCCUUCUGCGGCAUCUACGAAGAGACCAGAUCAAGUCUAAAGCAGCUCCAGCCGUCCACCGCGGCGCCCAUCGGCGAGAUCGGGACCACCGCGUACUGCGGGCUCGAGUGCUCUCCGCCCCUGACGGCCCAGGCGCUCGAGACAUGCCUGACUAUCCUCCGCCACGUCCCGGACCGCGAGACGGGGCUCAAGCUGUUCGACAGCCACUUGAACCCGAGCGAUGGGUGGAUCCGCCUGGCGGCAAAACACAUGAUGAUAUCGCUGUACGACACGUUUCCGCAGUACUUUUCUGCCAACGAACAUGAGCGACGGCCGGAUGACGCCCAGAUUACCGCCCUCGCUCGCACCAUCUGUGGUAACACUGCAAAGUGCGUGUCUGACGAAGAAUCGGACCCGGCCAAGUGGAUGGCGCAGUUCAUCGGCACCAAUUUACGGUGGGAGUCGUUGGGCGUGAUGUUUGCGUACUGGGAGCUGGCGGCUCGAUAUCUCGGACCGUACCGGCCUGACGUCGGCUCCCGAUUUCAGUCUGUCGAUGAAGGGACGAAGGUGGUUAUGCAGUAUCGGUAUUGCCUUGGCGCUUGUAUAGAGUUGACCAAGGCUGCUGGGAGUGGGGGGAAUACACUGCUCCUUUUCAUGUGUUCGAAGCGGACAAUUAUCGAGUCGCUCUUCUCGGGCGAUGCUAGCUUCGCUUGCUGGCAACUCCACGCAGAGACAGUAGCCCUAUCCACCUUCCUCGGCUUCCACGACGAAGUCGCAGCGGCGCCGGGGGUAGGCUACAAGCCGACCGUCUGCUCCGAGAUCAAGCGCAAGAUCUUCUGCUACAUCUUCUACGUAGACAAAGUCCUCGCCUCGUUCGCCGGCCGACCGCCCCUCAUCAGCCGCCGGUACGCACGCACGCCGCCCCCGCUGGAUCUAAAGGACGACCACCUCCUCUCCGAUGAGGCCACGCUGGCGCGCCACGUGGCCGCACUCGACGAGAACGGGUGGAACACCGAGGGCGGGCUCUACUCGGCCACUAUUAUCCGGGCCCGGGUGAUGCUGGCACAAAUCCGGGACGAGAUAUUCGAGAUCGCGCUUGGUCAGGGUUCCGUGACGCUGGUGGAGGCAUUGCUAGAAAUCAAAGAAAGGCAACUUCGGACAGUUGCCGGGUUCCCUGAUGUUAUGAUUUUGAAAGAAGAAGACAUACAGAAUAGGAAACUUGACAUAUCGUUGCUAUACACUCGACUAAUCAUGAAGCUGGAACACCUUCAAAACAUGUUCUUUAUCCAGCGGCUGCUCGCGAAAAGGGGACACGACGAUGGCGCCUUGCUGUCUGUCAGCUUCGAGAUGGUUUCCAAAACCCUCAUGUUUUGGACAAACAUGGACCGCCUGUCUUGCAUGAAUGGAGACUUUGAAUGGCUCGUAAUGGCUUACGCCGCCCCAGGAGGCGGCAUCCUCUGCCUCGAGCUCCUAAAACCCACCCUCCACGGCGGCCACCACCCACAGAACCCCCAGGUCUCCCGCUCGAGCAUCAUCCAGAAGUUGAGCCUCCUCGUCGGCUUCCUAGAUUGGGUCAGCCCCACGGCGCCCAACGGCGACCUCUGCGCAGACUGCAAAAUCAUCAUCCAGCGCGUCCUCGACCAGGCUCUCAACAGCCCCGCGGCGUCGGCCUCGUCUGCAGUCGACGGCGGGUUGCCCGGGGUGUUGGAUAUCCCCAUGGACUGGGAUUUCUCCACGCAGCUUGAUUUCAACUUUGAUUUGCUUGAUACGUUUGACUGGUUGCGUCCCGAGGUGCCUUUGAGUCAACAGUCGUCGUAGUGGUUAAGUGGUUAAGUGGGGGGGGGGGGGGGGGGUGCAUAGCACUUAUCUAUGUUUUCGUUUCCUCAAGCCCCCC